UGCUAGUGCAACACACACGAGCUACACUAGCAUUUCGAUCUCUUGUACAUUUUGGGGCUCUACACUUUAUCGGUGCGUCUACGUUUUGGCGGAACUCUGACAUUCUCCUUUCCGGGUGGUUCCUGCCCGGCAUCCAAUUCCAAGCAGGACGUGCCGGUGUUUGACUGUCAACCACGGAAUUGUACGCAUUUGCCACGACUGUCUGCGAGUCAUGACGUGUAUCAGAAGUGGCUAGGAAGCCAACGUUUUCUGGCUUAUUAACUCAGCAGGAAUUGGAAGUUUCUGGAGCAAGCAUGCUCCACUUGCGUUGCGAAAUACCCGUUUCCCUGGUGUGCGCGAUCCGUUGGUACAGAGGACUGAAGUCAGUAGCUGAUAUCCUAAGGAUUAUCACAUCUGUUUGUCAAAAUGGCGAACAUAGACUCUACUGCUGCCAACACCAACCGUAUGCGCGAGCAUAUGUCAAUGAAGCAGAUGCAAGCUGGAAAGCAGCAGGAGCAAGAAGAGGACCUUUGCAUGUGCUAUAACGUGGUCAACUUCAAGCUCUCCGUCUGCCUCAAUCAACUGGAACCUACUAAACAAGUCCCCUGUCAGACAGAGGAGGAAUCAGGAACCAGUCAACCCCCCUCCGCGGAAGGCGCAGGGUCACUCUGUGAAGGCAGCGCUGAGAGUGAAACUACACAUCAAGCGAAGCCGUGCGCCGACACUUCUGCUGCACCAGAGGCGGAAGCCUACAGCAGGCCUGAAGCGUCUUCGGGCUCUGGAACUUCUCCUUCCAACUCAUCAGGGGCGAUCGACAGUCGCAACUCCGUCGUGCUUGCAACUCUACAAGAUGUCUUGCUGGCGAAUCCCACUGAUAAAUGUUUAGUGUCCGACGUCGAUGAGCAGUUGCUCAUCAAUGUCUUCUUCAAUUCCCCAGUUCGAAUUACCUCGAUGGCCAUACGUUCGACAGCACCACCUGCAAACUUCGACUGGAGGAAACCAAGUACCACGGAUGAUGACGAAGAUUUGCCUGAGGAAGGCACAAUCUCCGAGCCCAAACUAAUGAAGGUUUACAGUAACAACACUAACCUCGAUUUCAGCACGGUGUACGACGAAACGCCUGCACAGGUUAUUACCUUAACCCCAGGUCAAUUGAAAGGAGAGGAGCGCUUGCUACUGCGCGGUAGCAAGUUCCAGAGGUGUUCGUCUUUGCACAUAUUCAUAGAAAAGAACCAGGCAAAUUCGAUCCAUACGUUCAUCAAUCGGAUAUCUCUCUAUGGUUACGUGAACAAGAAUUACGCCAGCUAAGAGUAGCCAGAUGCGUGGCUUUUGUUACGUACAUGAUCUCAUGAGGGACUGUUCGGUCGUGUGGUACAGGCAUGUUCGUUGAAACGUGCGUCGCGGGUCGAUGCUGAGCCGAAACUUCACCACUGCCAGUUUUUACGUGGUGUGCGGCUCGGUGGAGUCCCGGUCACUUAUACAAGGAACCUACUGAUCGAUCUAUACCGCUUUCAUCGUUUCAGACUGACAGUGCGGGCAUGUAGAGGGUCCUGCGAUCACUGAGUAGCUGCACCCGUGAAGGAUAAC